AUGGACAAACCAGGCAGCACGUAUGGCUCAGGCAGCAGCUUCGGCGCUUCCACACUCUCCAGCGACAGUUCCAAUGACUCCUGGGACGCUUGCACGGCUGUCAUCUCAUUCAGAUCACGUCAAGACAAAAGAAUAUUCAUCGAGCCCAGGCUAGCUAGCGCCCGUAAGAUGACGGGAGGAAUGAUCCCAGGAAAGAUCAUGUCGAAGGUGCAGGCCCUAGCGACUCCUGACAGUAUUGCAACGCUCGACAAACUGGGUAUGCUGAACAAGCUUGGACCUCUCGCUUCGGUCUUGAUCGGCAUGUCAGGACUCAACAAAGGCGGCAAGAAAGGAGGGAAGAAGGGCGGCGGCUUCCUGAAGGGUCUGGGGAGUAAAGACAAAGGCAACAACAUCGACCUGGGAGCGCUGCAGAGCCUUGGCAGUAUGCUAGGCGGCGGGUCCAAGAUGGCGGCGAUGGCGGGCAUGGCCGGGAUGGUGGGCUCAAAGAUGCCGCCACUGGGAGGAGGAGGCCGCGGUGGAUUCGACCCCACAGACGGGCUAGACAUGCAAGACGCCCGAGCACUGGCCGGGAUGGCCUCUCGAUCAGGAAACGCGCCGCGAGGGCCACCACAGGGGCACCGUUUCGACCCCUCGGAUGGUCUAGAUUUGGACGAUGCACGCGGAGCGUAUGAUAUGUACCGAGGACAGUCCGCGGGUUAUAGAGGCCAGCCGGACCCGAGGGUCAUUCGUGGCGCGCCCUCGGGUUACGAGGGCCGCGGGGGACCGAGGUUAGAUAUGGGGGAUGGAAUGGAUAUUGAGGAUAUGCAAGCAGUAGCGGGGAGGGUCGGGGGCAGGUAUUAG